UGAUGGAACGCACGCAUUUUCCAUGCAGUUGCAGCUAGCCCUCUCCUGCCCGCGUCUUUACUCUUUCUCUCUUGGGCUGUGUGUACCGAGUCCCAGCCUCGACUUGCCACAAUGAGCGACAGGUAUACGUGCACACGUCCAUCCACCCACUCUUAUGACACUCACCAUACCUGAAGUUGCAGCAAUUUGAUCCAUCUACCCCAAACCCCCUUUUACCUCACCAUUCAUACCACCUACCCGAAACCCAGCAAACCUCAGCCACUUGGCGGCGCUGGUCCAAUCUUCCGGGAGCUGUGCCGAUCCCAUCUACCACCUUGCCAACCUACCUUACCUGCCGACUUCCUACCUACUUUCCCAUACCUACCUACCUUAAUGCCUGCUCAGCCAGUCCCCUCCCAUGCAAAGUCAUAGCGCCCUCCAAUUGGACCACAACCCGGCGCUUCCCACCAGUCUUACCUUGCCUAAACUGCCCCUCCCACCGCCCCGACAUCUCAGCUCGACCGCGUCUGUGGUGUCGUCCUCAUCAAGCGAGCCAGCGUUGUUCUCAUGCAACUCGAGCUACGACAACAAGGACAUCAAAACACUUUACACGCUUGCCUCAUUUCUCCUAUUCGAAUUUUCCGCCAGCCGCUCCCCUUGCCAUCUUGCAUAAAAAAUUGCAUCUUUUUUUGUGAUUGCGGCUGUUGUUUUGCCCGUGUGCUGUUACCUCAUUACACCCCGCUCUGGACGACAAGACGAAUUGCGCUCAUUGCGGUCUCGAAUCUGCUGAGCUCCGGCCGGACAUUAUCGCUUCUCAGGAUGAGGCGGUUCAGCCAGAAAGUUCUCUCGCGAGGCAAGGACCCGAACAAGUCUUCCAAGAAGAAUAAGGACUCCAAGGACGGCGCAUCCUCGCCGCAAACCGCCGGUUCCUCGAGGGAUGGCUCUAACCAGAGUCCCGUCCUGACCCCGUCCUCAUCGAGCUCGACCCUGAAUGACAUCCGCAACAAACCUCUCCCGCCCAACAAUGCAAGCCCACAUAGCACAGAGGGCGCCUCUCCUUCCGGUCAGCCACCGAUGACCCAAAACCAAGGAGGCAGUGAUAGGUUCGGGCUAAUGGGAGGAUCAUCGCCAGCGUCGAACGGUGGAAGCACGCCUGUCCGGCACGGACAAUUGCCGCCUACCGUAAUAAUCAGCCCAAGCGGUGCACCGCACGUACCCCCACCCGGUGCCGCCGAGACGAUGCCUCACGAUCUUGCUCCGCCCAAAGCUGGACAAAAGUCUCUCAUGUUCGACCGGCUUCAACAGACCCCUAAGGAUGUACCGGAGGGCCUGCGGACGCCCAAGCGACAGCACUCGUCUCGUUUUGACAUCUCGGCGCAUCGAGAGCUUGAAAAGCUUCCCGGUUUCCACGAGGUACCCCCGCAGCGCAGACAGGAUCUGUUUAUGCAAAAGAUCGACCAAUGCAAUGUGAUCUUCGACUUCAACGAUGCGGCUGGCGAUAUCAAGCCCAAGGAGAUCAAGCGCCUCGCGCUACACGAACUACUCGAUUAUGUAGCGAACAACCGACAAGUCAUCACAGAGCCCAUGUAUCCCAAGGUUGUCGAAAUGUUUGCCAAGAAUCUCUUUCGUCAGAUUCCCCCUCCGAUCAACCCGCAGGGUGAAGCGUUCGACCCGGAGGAAGACGAGCCCGUUCUCGAGCCAGCAUGGCCACAUAUUCAGGUCGUAUACGAGUUCUUCCUCAGGUUUAUUGAAAGCCAAGAUUUCAACACCAACAUCGCCAAGGCCUAUAUCGACCACAGUUUUGUGCUGCAACUGCUCGAACUCUUCGACUCGGAAGAUCCUCGCGAACGUGACUUUUUGAAGACAACGCUGCAUAGGAUCUACGGCAAGUUCCUCAACCUGAGAAGCUUCAUUCGACGGUCCAUAAACAACGUCUUCUUCCAAUUCACAUAUGAGACGGAGAGGUUCAAUGGUAUUGCGGAACUUCUCGAGAUUCUCGGAUCUAUUAUCAACGGAUUCGCGCUUCCUCUGAAGGAGGAGCACAAGUUGUUCCUGACCAGGGUGCUGAUACCUCUGCACAAGGUGAAAAGCUUGAGCAUGUAUCACCCUCAGCUCGCCUACUGUAUCGUUCAAUUCUUGGAGAAAGAUGCUUCUCUCACAGAAGAGGUGGUCCUCGGCUUGCUGCGAUACUGGCCCAAGGUCAACAGCACUAAGGAAGUCAUGUUCCUCAACGAGGUUGAGGACAUAUUCGAGGUGAUGGACCCUGCAGAGUUUGCCAAAGUCCAGGAGCCCCUCUUCCAUCAGCUGGCAAAGUCAGUGGCCAGCCCGCACUUUCAAGUUGCGGAGAGGGCACUGUACUUCUGGAACAACGAAUACUUUUGCAACCUCGUCAGUGACAAUGUUGAGAUCAUUCUGCCAAUCAUGUUUGCCCCCUUGUACGAGAAUUCUAAGGGGCACUGGAACAGGACCAUUCAUGGCAUGGUGUACAACGCCAUGAAACUAUUCAUGGAGAUAAAUCCUCAGCUUUUCGAUGACUGCUCUCACGAGUACACUGAACAGCAGAACAGUGCGGCAGCUAGGGAGGCCAUGCGUGAGCGGAAGUGGGCAGCAAUCGCAGAACAGGCCAACAAGAGAAAGGCAAACGGUUCCGGCGAACCUUCCGGUCCCCCUACGAGACUUGCACAGAACCUGAUGCCUCGACUAGACGAGGUUGAUCACUCGGACGAUAACCAAAAGCGGCUAGACUCUUUGAAGUUACAGGACGGUGAACGUCGGCGCCCAGGCAUGCAUGACAGACAGAACUCUGUGGGAUCGAAUCGGAGUCAGCGAUGAGCGUAUUUGAUUUCUACCAUCCCUACAGUGCGCACUCUGGAGGCUCGCCAACGAUACUUCCAUACCUCAGAUUCCUUCGCCUUGGACCUGAAUAUCCUUAAUAGACAGCUUUCACUUCUCUUUCUUACAUGUUUUUCCUCUUUUGGUUUCUCGGAUUCGUGGGCGCCUCGACUUCUGGGGCAAGAUUUCGGGCGGAAGGGGACAACUCCCCUUUGUUUGGCUUUAUGUACUUGGCGGUGGGGAAGGUAAAAAAACUUCCAACGCAUACCCAAAAUCGUCAUCAUUGUUGAAGGAGUACAGCUUUAUCUUUUUUUUUCUUCUUUUUUUUAAGCCGCUGGCUCAUUUUUAGGGCUGUGCAAGAAACAGAAAUGGGGUCAGAGGUAGCUAGACGCCCCCAUGGGCUUGCCAGGAAUGAAUUGGCCCUGAGUGCUUGCGUUGUUGUGGAAAACAAAAGACACCUUUCAUCUAUUUUCGACAUGGAUCAAUCACAUGGCCGAAUGAGCUCCUUGUAGUUUGAAAUGUUCUUGAAGGAACAUUGAUAUUGCUGCUCAAGAGCUGCUUGUUAAUCUUGA